AUGAUUAGCGAACAUAUUUAAUCAAUUACAUCAAUAGUGCACAAUGAGUUCUAUAUAAAAAGCGGGAAUGGGCCUUGGAUCCAGAGGAAUAUUUUUGAGAAUGUAGAAUACGAUGAAUAUGAGAAUAAACAAAUAGAGAUUUUGAAGUAGAAGAUAGAGGAGAAGGGCUUGAAGAUCAAUUUGAAGAGAAGCAGACUGUUGAAAAUGCUGAUGGCAGCUCAAUACGAUGUGGAAAGAGCAAUAAUAAAUUGUUAAUUGCACUUAAAGUAUAUGAAGGAGUACAAGAAGAGUGACUUUUAGAAGGACCUGGUGAAAGGCUACCUGUAUGUAAGCGGAUUCGAUAACCAAUACAGGCCAGUCAUUAUCUUUCGACAAUAUUGUGAUAUCAAAAUAAUUACUUAUUUUUUGGAAACAGUUAGGAGAUUUCUUUUGAUAGAUUAUUAUGUUGAAAAUUGGACCAUAAUAAUAGACCUGGAAUUGGAUUUGCCAGUGUUGGAAUUGGAAGAUCUCUUAUAUUUGCAGCUCCAAUUUUAUGGAAAUCUCAAUAAAAUGCUAAUAAUAAAUGGCCCAGACGACAUUUAAGUAAUCUUGAAAUAAUUUACUGAUAAAUUUCCCGACCUUAGUGUCAAAUUGUAAGUGAUAACCGAAUAUUCCUAAUUACUGUAGUACAUUCCCAAGGAUCAAUUGGAAAUCAAGUAUGGCGGAGACCAGCCUAACGUGAUACAAUUUUGGCCAUUGUAAAAAAGAGAAGGCAUUUCUGGAUUAGUGAAUGGGAAUAAUAAUAAAACUUCACAUCUUUCAAUAGGCUCAUUGAAUAGUAGUUCUGUAAAUAAGAAGUCUAGUUUCAUGAAGAUAACUGUUUUGGAGGAGAACGGAAACCCCCUUUUAAAUUAGCAGAUGGCUGUUUUCGAAGACAAAGUGUUGCAGUCAUCUGAGUCCUCCAUUUAGGAUUAGGCUCCCCUGUAGGAUUAUGAGGAGAAGUACAAAUCUUACUUAAGUACGUCAACGAAAAAGAAUUGCAUGGAUCAGGUGUAGUUUAUGGAUAUGGAUGAUUAAAGUGUUGAAGAGCAAUAAUUUAAGGAGGGCUAGAAUGAAAAGAAAAAGAAAAGGAAACUGUAAAUGGAUGAGAAACAAGUGAAAAACUAAAGGAUAAAAAUGGAGGGAGAAAAGGAAUCAAUAGUUGCCAGUCCAUCUUGCUGUUCAAAGAAUUGUUGCAUUUUCUGA